UGUAAAGUCGAUGAACAUCACAUCACGCAUUUGAUACCGAUUCAUUUGAUUUGAUCUCCUUAAAGUGAAUCGAAUCACGCUUUUGAUUCCUUAGGCUCACCAGAACGUCGUCCCGAGCUCGUGAAUCGAUUCCACCUUUCCCAGAGUCGUGCCAAAUGAACCGGCUCUUUGAAUAAUCUCCCAUCCCAUCCCUAAUACAGUAGCCUGUAUUAAAGGGAAGUUCAGCACAGCGGCUUGUUGUUGGCUUGUGAAUCGAUUCACUCUUCUGAUUCACUUCAACCCGAGUCAUACGAACCGACUCGUUUCCCCCAGCACUCUUGCAUUAACGGGAAGAUUUAACACGUGCUACUACAGUGAGACUGAACAUGAUGAUGAUGUAUUAUGAUUAUGAAGAACCAGGUGUGUAGAGGUGAAUUGUCUGAUGAAGUUCUCCUGUGUGUGUGUGUGUGUGUGUGUGUGUGUGUGUGUGUGUGUGUGUGGGCUGCGAUGACGCGUCUCCGCUUCUGCUUUCAAAGCGCGAACCCACAGGCGCAGUUUUGCAGACGGAGUUUCCGGAGCUGCAACAGUCGCUUCACAUCUCUCUCAACGAUGAAGGAGCAAGCCUGUACGGAAGAGAUCACCACCAUCCUCCAAGAGGCCCCGGCGGCCCGGAAAGCGCUUCUGGAUAACUACACCAACCUGCGCAAUGUGGCCGAGUACUGCGAGACCAGCUACCUCCAGGCAGGCGAGGAUACGGUUAAAGCGCUGGAGGAAACCAAGGCCUUCACCACUCAGUCUUUAGCGAGCGUGGCGUAUCAGAUUAGCACGCUAGCCACCAGCGUGCUCAAGCUCCUGGACGCUCAGUGCUCGCAGCUCCGUCACAUCGAGUCGGACAUCAACCUCAUCGGCUUGACCGUGGACAUGCACCGGGAGAAGGUAGCACGUCGAGAGAUCGGCGCCUUCACCGUGGCUAAGAGAUACACGAGGAGCGGUAAAGUCAUCCCACCCGCCUCCAGCAAAGAUCCCAAACCCAAAUACAGCCGUACGCCCAUCUCCUACAGCGGCCUGGACACGCUGGGGCACGGCAUGAAGGACUCGAAGCCACAGGAAAGAAAAGCCACCAUCAACCGCAAACACGGCGGCACGCUCAGUAGGAACCGUCCCACGGAGUGUCCCGUGGCUCCCACUUUGACUCGCGGAGCAUCUGUUACCUCUCUCAGUGACAAAUCCACGACCUCCAGUUUCGGUAAAGCCGUUCCUCCUCCAGUCGUGCCCAGCUGGCCCCUGACCCCCGAGGCCGACAUCAUCAGCACGCUGCUGGAGGACACGGCUCCGCCCCCGCCACCACCGAUGGACAGAGAAGAAGGGGCAGGGGCUGAGAUUGUUGUAGCUCCACCCCCUGCUCCUCCCCCCGACAUGUGUGAAUUCCUCCCUCCUCCGCCUAUGAAUCCUAUGGAUGAGAACCUUGAUCAAGACCCCGCUCCACCACUGGAGACAGUGCCUGAAGAGAACGGCCUUCCUCCUCCAGACACUGACGGAUUCUAUAUUCCUGCUCCUCCUCCUCCUCCUCCACACUCCCUUGAGAACGGAGAAGCUCGUCGCUCUCGCCAUUCUCGAGGGCGUCGCCCUCCCAGUACCCGCUCUCUCUCUCUACGGCUCCGCUCAGGCUCCGCCCCCCGCCCGCUGCAUACACGCUCGCUCUUCCUGCCCAACAGCCAAUCACUCAUUAUCCCCCCGCCCCCUCCAUACCCGCCUCCUCUGGCUCCUCCCACUUUGAGCUCUCUGUGCCGGAUUCCCACUCGGCUGCAGCAUCUGGACCUGGAGAUUCCGGCCCCUCCUCCGCCUCCAUCCGUGGACUGCGUGGAUGGUUUCGAGGACAUUCCUCCUUUACCUCCACCCAUGGACUACGACAACUCUGCUCCUGCUCAAUACCUGGAGAAAGUGGUGGCGCUCUACAGCUAUGAACAAGACAAACCGGAAGAACUGAGCUUUCAGGAAGGAGACGUGAUCUACCUGACCAGGAGGAACGAUGACGGCUGGUGUGAGGGCGUCCUGAACGGCGUGAACGGGUUCUUCCCCGGAAACUACGUAGCGACCAUGAGCUAAAUGAGCGCUGACUGAAACGAUUUAUGGCAAAACAUCAGUACGCGGAUUAAAAAAAAAACCAUAUAUAUAUAUAUAUAUAUAUAUAUAUACAUAUCUAGCAAAAGGAUGAUUGGUGGUAUUCAGAGAUAUGCAAAUGUAUGUUUGAUUAUUGUGUAUAUGAGACAAACUGAUUUGAUAAAAUUCUAAAUGCGCCGUCUGCCUGUGUUUCUCACUAUCAUCAUCAUGUUUCUUUUUUCAUUAACACUGAAAUAAUUGAAGUAUUUAUUAACACCAACUAACAGACGGAUGAACCCGAGUCAAUCCAGAGAGGCAUCGCGCUCACGUGAGAGCACGGCUUUCCCAGAAUGCUUUGCUGUGGCGUGUUUCCUUUUUGUUUAAAAAAAAAAAAACGCCGGAUGAUGUGUGAACGAGCUGGGUCGUCUUCGUUAAUAAAAUGUCUGUACGUGGAACUGGACGAGUUUGCUCUGGGAGUCGAGUCCGAUCUGUUUUUUACACCUCACGUAUUACGUUUUCUUCUUCACGUGUACGGUAGUGCAUCGUUUAGUUUUACUCCUUUAAACAGCACCUCUGGAGGAAGUUUGGGAGAAAAGGAAAGAAUUUCCAAUGUUUUUGUUUUUAUUUACUGGAAUUGCAGUUCAUCUUACAUGCAGCAGAGGGCGUGAAAAAUGACACACCGCUGGUUUUAAAGGUCCCAGCGUGUGAGCGUGAAGGACAGCGCUGUGAUUUCAGGAAAAAUAUCCGGGAUAAAUGUUAUGACUGUUACUAGAGGACAGAAAAUAAACAACAGACAUGUUCUAACAGCUGAUACAGAGUGUGUGUGUGUGUGUGUGUGUAAAACGUCCAUGCUUGGGCGUUCAGGAACGAGCCUAACCUGCCUUACAGUCUUUAUUUUGAAGACACCGCGAGAGCAGGCACUGUGACUUUAACCAGCACGAUGUGGUAAUAAACACUCAGGUGUGUGUAGCCAAGAGUGCACUUCUUUAUGAUAAGACUCCCUCGACGUCUGAGUACCGGGCCAGACGAGAUCACCUGCUCACCUGCUCACCUGCGGCCCUUCAGCAGAUCCCCUGAAAGACGUCGUCACAUCUGCGAUAAGAUGGAUAACUCGGUCCCCCUGGUCUUCCGGGUUUUCAAGUAAGUCUUUCCGUCUUGUUUUCUGGAUCGAGAUCACAGCGAGACGUUAUUAUAACAACGCUGAACGCCAGGUCGAUUUGACAACCAAAAAGAGGAUUUUUAUUUUAUUUUUUUUUUAUUUUUAAAAAGACGUCUCAUUCCCUGUAUCGUACAGUUUCAGUCCCCGGACAUGGCGAGGCCUCCGGGGCACAGUUAGUGUUAGCGCUAUACCUGUUAGCAACAUUACCCUCAUAGCUGAUAUUACACAACUACAGAAGCAAACGUUCAGUUAUUUAUGUACACUGAAUUUUUUCAAGAAGAAGAAAUUCCGACAUCCGUAUGUACAAUUAUCGUUAUUAUUUAUUUAUUUAUUUUUUUAAAAAAAAAAAACCCCAGCUUCAGAUGUUUACGCGUACAUUUCGUUUUUAAAGAAGAAGCAAAGCUCAGACGUUUAGGUGUACAUUUUUUUUUUUUUUUUUUUAAAAGAAAAGAAUUAAACGUCAUACAUUUACUCGUACGUGCGAUUCAUUUUUUAAAGAAGAAGCAAACUUCGUACGUUUACAUGUACAGUGACAAUUUUUCUUUUUCUUUUAAAUAAUCAAAUUUCAGACGGACACGUGUACAUUUCAUUCUCUCACGAAGCAGAAGAAGCAGACGCCGUGCUUUUCCAUACAGUAUACAUUUAUCCGGAAUUUAAAAAAAAAAAAAAAUCAAAUUUCGGACGUACACGCGUACAUUUCUCGUUUGUUUGUUGUUUGUUUUUUUUUUUUAAAAGAAGACGCAAACGUCAUAGUUUCUUUUACGUGUACGUGAAACAUUUCUUAAAGACGCAAACUUCGUACAUUUAACACGUACGUUGAUUUUUUUUUUUUUUAAAGAAUCGAACUUCAGACAUAUACGUGUACAUUUCAUUUUUUUUCAAGAAGAAGAAGCAAACUUUACACUUUUACAUACGGUAUACAUUUAUUUUACAUUCACGGUAUUUGACGGACGGCGCUAUCCACAGUGACUUACGUUUAUCUCAUUUAUACAUCCGAGCAGGUGAGGGUUACGGGCCUUGAGCUACGACUGCCAACAAAUAAUAAAUAAAUCAGACUUCAAACACUUUCGUAUACGUUACUUGUUUGUUUAGUUUUUUUUUCGUUUUUAAAGAAGAAGCAAACUUUUAAUGUGUACGUUGAUUUCUAACUUUUUUUUUUUUAAAGAAUCAAACUUCAGACAUUUCUAUCUACAUUUCCGCUAAAAUGUUCGUCUCGUCCUCCUCUGCAGGUUCAUCAUCCCGACCUUCGCUGUGAUUGUGUUCUGCACAGCUUUGUGUAAAUGUUUACAGUGGAAGAGGCAGCGACGGACACAGCUGGCGGCAGCGUCUGCGCAUGCUCAGGGACCCCAGCCGUCUGUCUACAUCAUCCCCUUUUCACCGUCUGGAGCACAACCGACCGCACCGCCACAAUACCGAUACGACACGCCACAGCAACACGCCCCUCCUCCACCUUAUAACGAGCUGAUGGCGAAGGACGACUUCCCUCAUGAGCCUCCUCCUGCGUAUACAGACUCCGACAGUUCCCAGUUCAUCUCCUCCGACUCAGGCCGGAUCUCUCCGUCCUGCUCGACAUGCCCAGAGUAACACGUGUGUGACGUGAAGACCUGUAACCGUGCAAUACAGAGCUGAAAACGUCCUUCCUUCCUUCCUUCCAACACCACGAUGAACAAAUCAUGGAGAUUAAAAGCCACAGCUGCUAUUUUUCUACCCGGGUAUUGAACUCAUGUACAUACUUGUAAUGCGUCUAAAUAUAUUUUCUCAGUUUUGUCGAUGCGCAGGAAACAAUGUAAAUAAUGUUUUGGUUUUUUUUAAAAAAAAACCAAACGUGACGGUUUGCGCGUAGGUCUUUAUCUUUGAAGCUGUUCGACGGAUGUAACGCUUAUACAUGAAAGUAUUAAAGGGAUGCCACAGUUAGAAAGAAAAACGAAAGAAAUGUACCCGAGUGUAUCCGAUCGUCCGAGACAUUGAUUACUGUGCACGUGAGAUGAAACUGAUUUGAUGAAAUGAUACACGCGCUGUCUGCCUAUGUUUUAUUCCACGUCGUCAUUGUUUUGUAAACGAAUACUGAAAUAAUCGAAGUAUUUAUUAACAACUAAUCAAGCCUGCGUGCUGAAACAGGCCCGAUCGAAUAAAUUGAAGAACUGAAUUAAAUUUUUCCACCUGGGCAUUGAAUUCAUGUACAUAUUUAUAAUAUGUGUAUUUUAACAUUUUUAGUAUGCAUUGGUGACUAGGAACAGGGUGCCAAUAAUUAUUGCACACCUAUAUUUAACAAUUUUGAUACAUCUGUGUUCUGUUUGCAAUAGUUUGACGUCCAUGAGAGCAGACCAUUUUUGUAAAUUGUUUAAAUAAAAGAUCAAAAGGUGAAGCAAUAAAGAUAAUCGUUCACAGCC